AUGGCUCCAGCACCGCUGCUGCUCCUCACAUCGCCGCUCGACCUCGCACCCACCGCUCCCGGCUCAACCGUCCUCGCAGCCGUCGCCGCCUCCUCAGCCGAUCGUGAGGCUUUGGAUGCACCGGGAAAGAUGCAGCGUGUACGGCGACGCGAGAAACGCGCGUCGUUGCCGGUCGAAGCGUGGUCUGCGGCGGGAGAGGGGGUCUUGGCGAUUCGAGGGUUGGAGACGGCGUCGAGCGGUCGACUGGUGAAGAGGGCGAGUCUGGCGCCGACGGACACGCAGAAGGUUACGCUGGGAGUCAUUGCAGCAUAUGCUGUCGUUAUCACUGUCCUGUGGAACCUGCCAGUCGUCCGCUGGGUCCUCUGGCCGUGGAAGAUGCUCACAAUCGCCUUUCACGAGUUCGGCCACGCCGCAACAGGCUGUUGCACCGGCGCUAAAGUCAAGUCGAUCGAGCUUGACCCUCGCGAAGGCGGCGUGACGAUGAUGGCCGGCGGAGUUGGCUGGAUCACCCUCCCGGCAGGCUACCUCGGGUCGAGCCUGAUCGGCGCAGUUCUCAUUUUCUGCGGAUUCAACGUCGUUGCCUCCAAGAUUGCGUCGCUCGUCGUCGGCGUAUGCUUCUUGAUCACGCUGUGGUGGUCGAGGCGAGAUUGGCUCAGCAUCCUCACCAUCCUCGUCGCAACCGGCCUAAUUGUCGCCUUCUGGUUCAUCGCGCACGGCGAGGCCUUGCGGUACUACAUGCUUUGGCUCGGAACGAUGUCGGGCUUAUACUCUAUCUACGACAUUUGUGACGACCUGAUCUUCCGCAAGGUCAACGAGAGCGACGCCUCGGUCUUUGCGAGACGCUACGGCGGUUCCCCAGUUUGCUGGGGCGUCAUCUGGGGCAUCGUCUCGCUCCUCUUCAUGGCGAUCGGCAUCAUCGCCGGACUCGCAGCCUUCAAGAGCGCCGGAGACGGCACCAAGUUCCUCCCUACCCGUCUCUGA